ACUUGCAAGCUUUUAAGACCCCAGAUGCUACUCACCAAAGUAGGAUGCAGAACAUUGUCUUUCUGAACUAUGUUAUGCCAGUUGGUGUAGAUGUCCCCCCAAAUCUGUGGUCCUUUGCCUUUGAGCCUAGGAUCUUCAUCCCACAAGGUGUUUGGUUAGGUUUGCGGUUUUAAAAAUUUUAUAUAUGUGGAACCAUACAGUCUGUGCUCUUUUGUGGCUGGCCCCCUUUGCUCAACAUCCUAUUUUGAGACUCAUCCAUAUUGUGGGGGACAGUUGUACUAAUCUCAUUGCUGCGUACUGUUCUCUUAUAUGACUGUACCAUAAUUAAUUUGUUCAUUCUACAGUUGAUAGGUACCUGGGUUGUUUUCAGUUAAACUGGAUUUUGAAGGAGGGGAGAAACUAUGGUUGACAGACAGAAGGGAAGAAUGUUCCAGGUGGGGAAAUGCCCUGAUAAGAGCCUGGAGCUGUCACUUCAGCGCUCCAGCAGCUUCAAGGAUUUUGCCAAGUCCAAGCCCAGCUCCCCUGUGGUGAGCGAGAAGGAAUUUAAUCUGGAUGAUAAUAUUCCGGAAGAUGACUCAAGUGUUCCUACUCCAGAGGAUGCUGGGAAGAGUAGCAAAAAGCUGGGGAAAAAGUGGAGGGCAGUGAUUUCGAGAACCAUGAACAGGAAGAUGGGCAAGAUGAUGGUGAAGGCCCUGUCGGAGGAGAUGGGAGACCCUCUGGAGGAGGGCUCAGCCUCCCCGACGUCUCCAGACUACAGCCUGGACAGCCCCGGGCCGGAGAAGAUGGCGCUGGCCUUUUCUGAGCAGGAGGAGCGAGAUCACCCCACACUGAGCCGCCAGGCAUCCACGGGCAGUGAGCUCUGCAGCCCCAGCUCAGGCUCUGGCAGCUUCGGGGAGGACCCACCUGCCCCCCAGUACACAGGGCCCUUCUGUGGCCGGGCACGCGUCCACACCGACUUCACCCCCAGCCCCUACGACCGUGACUCGCUGAAACUGCAGGUAAGGUUGGCCUCUGGGCUCCUCUUGAGCCUGGCAGGCUGGACUCAGAAAGGAGACCAGAUGGAGAGGGUAGUACAGUGUUGGCAGAGGCCAGGGAAGCACCUGUCCUCUCUCAGACCCUGCUCUCCUCUCCGCACACAGAAAGGAGAUGUGAUUCAAAUCAUCGAAAAGCCGCCUGUGGGCACAUGGCUGGGCCUGCUCAAUGGCAGGUUGGGCUCCUUCAAGUUCAUCUACGUGGAUGUGCUGCCCGAGGAGGCCGUGGGGCCUGCCCGCCCGAGCCGCCGGCAGAGCAAGGGCAAGCGGCCCAAGCCUAAGACCCUGCACGAGCUGCUAGAGCGAAUCGGCCUGGAGGAGCACACGUCCACCCUGCUACUCAAUGGCUACCAGACACUGGAGGACUUCAAAGAGCUGCGGGAAACACACCUCAACGAGCUGAAUAUUGUGGACCCCCAGCAUCGGGCCAAGCUGCUCACGGCGGCGGAGCUGCUGCUGGACUAUGACACGGGCAGCGAGGAGGCAGAAGAGGGCGCUGAGAGCAGCCAGGAGCCAGUGGCGCACACAGUUUCAGAACCCAAGGUGGACAUCCCGCGAGACUCGGGCUGCUUCGAGGGCUCAGAGAGCGGUCGCGAUGAAGCAGAGCUGGCGGUCACCGAGGAGCAGCUGCACGGCCUCUCCUUGGCUGAGACAUCUUGAGGUGGAGGCGGCAGUGCAGGCCGAGGCUGGGCCCGAGCUGCACGGGCCACGGGGAUGGGCCUGGCCUCCUGUGGUGGCCCGGGCCCCGAGGACUGACCCCAAGCCUGGCCCUGCUUCUCAAGGGGCACUAGGGCUACAGAGGCCCGGCCUAGGCCCUACAGGCUCGGUUGAGCGGAUGAGGGGCCGCCUGAGGGCACAUCGAACCACCAGGAGCCCUCUCUUCACCAGCUACUGAUAACAAAGCCCCUCUUGGCACCGCCCACUUCCCAGCCAUAGCCAUGGCCAUAUCAAGUGGGGCGCCAAGGGACCACCCCCAUGUCCCUCACCAUCAAGGCCCCCAAACCCUCCUCGCCCCUGUCACACUGCUCCUGCAAAGGGCACCAAGUCAGUGUUUCAGGUCGUCUCAAAACUCGAGGGAAGAUGGCUGUUGAAAAGGACUCGAAUUUACUCAGGUAAAUCCAGAUUUCUCCAAAUGAGGUUUGAAGAAAUCCAUGUGUGUCCACUCUCCUUCUCCUUAACCUUCGUAGAGGUUUGACCACUAAAUCACUAUGUGAGCUGAGCUGAGUGCCUCUAGGCCUAGGACUGGUCAGAGUUGCAACAGAGGGUCUCUGAGGGCCUUGCCAGCUCUGACAUUCUGUGACAUUAAAUGUCUCCUCUCCUGUUACCUGUGGCCCAGGACACCAGUGGGGUUUAUUGACGGUCUGGAGGAGCCUCUGGCUCCCAAAUGAAAUGGCUCCUCCCACUCACCCAUUUCGUGCCUCCCCACUAACUAAGGCCAUGCUGCAACUCCCCCAGCUUGAAACCAUGCUCAUACCUCAGACAGUGCCUACCCUCCCCUUCCAUUCCUGGUCCCCUCAAACGUGACUUCCCCCCAGGUUGAUGGCAGAUGCUCAGACCUGCCUUCCAAGGACAGAGCUGCCCCUAUGUACCAGAUGCACGUCUGGGCCUAGACUUGGCCACUUGUGUGGGUCCUUAUAAGCAAAGAAAGCACUAAGCUUGACAUUGGAGAGUCCACUACCCCAAUUUUACUUUGCUAAAGGUUUUGGUGUACCCUGAGCUCCAGAAGGGAGCCCUGGUGGCACAGUGGUUAAGAGCUCGGCUGCUAACCAAAAGGUCGGCAGUUCGAAUCCACCAGCUGCUCCUCUUUGGAAACCCAAUGGGGCAGUUCUACUCUGUCCUAUAGGGUCGCUGUGAGUCAGAAUCCACUGGACAGCAACGGGUUUUGAGCUCCAGAAGUGGAGGGAGAUUAUCUGUUAGUUGGGGGCCUUGACCCCAAUACCAAGUCUUUCCCCUGAUUCCCCAGAGUAUCCCUUCCCUGGUGUCCAGCCGACCUGUGGACAAACAGUGCCCACUACAUCUACGACUGCCUGCUUAGUGGACACACUUCUUGACUUGUUACCAGGGACUUCGGUAAAAGCUAGCUUUGGGAAAGGGGUUGAGUGUAAAUAUGAGGGGGGUGGUGGAGGGAGCAUGUUAGUAGCAAUAAAGUACAUAGGUAGAACUGAAUUACUGUCUCCAGUUGUCUUCCUAAUGGAGAGAGGUUGGGAGGGACAAACCGUUUCCUUCAAAACUGGCCUUCAACAAAAAUGUUCCUCCAUUGUCCUUUCAGGACCAUUUUCCCUUCCCUAAAGAUGCUCAGAGUCCCUGACCCUGCUGACUGAAAGCUCUAGUUUGAAGCCCUAGCUGGCUCUGCCCAUCCCUCUAACCAGCUCUCCUCAGAACAGGGCUCCAGCUCCCAUGGACCCAAGGCCUGGCUGAGAUCUGAGAUUAGGGGUCACUAAUUCCCUCUUCCCAUCAUUGUUCAUUUUAACAAGAGCCUUGAAGACCUUAACCCCAGUGAGGAAGGACCUGCAAUGGGAGGCUGCCAGGGUUCAAGAAGGGGAGACUUAGGUUUAGCAGGUCCUUUCCUCUGUGGCUACCUUUUCCCGGGCCCCACCCUAUGCCCACUGAAGCUACACCAUCUCCUGGGAGGUGCGAUGGAGACAAAGACGUCUAGUUUCCUUUAUUUACGAGCAUUAUCUGCACUUGUUGUUGUUAGCUGCUGUCGAGUCGGCCCCAACUCAUGGCAGCCCCAUGCACAAUGGAAGGAAAUGCUGCCUGAUUCUUCA